AUGUCCCAGGAGCGACAUCACUUGCGCUCCCACUCGCGCGGACGCUUCUCCUACCCAUCCAAUCCAGCCUCGGCCUCGUCGACCACCUCCGCCGCCAACCGGAGGUCCGACCGCUCCUCGUCCAGGGCCAGCUUCCUCGGAAGGCCCCGCCAACGCACCUAUCAAGUCGCCGACGACGCCGCCGCAACGCGAUGGCGCAGCGAAUCCCGCACCGUCCGCGGCAGCGUCGACGGAGAUGCUGAAAUCCACGACGACGACGACGACGACGACGGAUUCGUAUUCACCGACGAGGAUGAAGAUGGACAAGCAAAACAACACGAGCAGCGCACCGCGCGCAACAAGGCGCAGCCCCGCAAAGGAUACAAGUCGACCUCAAUCUCGCCGCCCCCAAACAGAGACCUCGCCCCAUCGCAGCAGGCCACCACGCCCAGCCAGGCCUCGUCGCUCCCCGCAUCCUCGUCCCAGCAGUCGCCGCCGGCCCCGUCGUCGGGCCCAACACCCCCCGUCAACGCGCCCGCCAACGACCUCGAAAAGCAGCAGCCACAACCCGGGCAGACGGGCGACGAGGGGCAACACCACCACCACCAUCACCGCCCUCCCCGCCUGUCGCGCGUACCCUACCCCAUCGCCCACUUUCUCGGCUACCGCAGCGAAAAGACAAAGGACCGCGCCCUCAUCCGGCCCGUCGAGAAGCUGCCGCGCAAGCUCGAGACGCUCAUCUGGGCCUGGAUCGGCGCCCUCAUCGGCCUCGGCUUUGUCAUGAUCCUCUUUUCGCGCUGGGACAUGUUUUCCAUGUCGUCCAACACGCCCACCACGUCCUGGACCGCACCCAUCAUCGUCGGCUCCUUUGGCGCCUCGAGCGUCAUCCUCUACGGCACCCCGGCCUCGCCCCUCGGCCAGCCGCGCAGCUUCGUCCUGGGCCAGUUUAUCUCGGCCCUCGUCGGAUGCUGCGUCCUCAAGCUGUUUGAGCUCAACUCCAACUACAACCCGCAGCUCAUCAACGACUCGCACAGCCUCGUCUGGGUCGCCGGCGGCAUCUCGGUCGCCACGGCCCUCUGCGCCAUGAUCAUCACCGACACCAUCCACCCGCCCGGCGGCGCCACGGCGCUCCUCAUCACCACCUCGCCCCCCGUCAUCCGCCUCGGCUGGAAGUACCUCCCCGUCAUCCUCCUCAGCAGCGUCAUCAUGGUCACCUGGGCCAUGCUCUGGAUGAACCUCGGCCGCGCAAAAUACCCCACCUUCUGGAUCGAGCCCAGCAACAAGGCCGUCACCCUCGCAUCCCUCGGCAUCUGGACCAGGAAUGCUCCCGGCGGCGGCGGCGGCGGCGGCGGCGGCAAGAAGGAUCAAGAGAAGAACAACAAGUCCAAGUAG